AGUCAGGGUCAGUCUGUUGGGGAGUGUGAACGCUCAGUGUGCCUCUGCGUCUUGUCCCUCUACGAAAGAACAUUAAGGGUAAAAUAUGCAUAACAAACGUGUCAAACUGAAAGGCCCAAUGAGGACUUUUGAAAAUCAGAGAUUAUUCUCAAGGUUAGAUAAAAAAAGAGAGAAUGUUGGUUCACUGUGAAAGAAAUGAAAAAGAAAUGAAAAAUGACAGGAAACGGUUGAGGAACUCUCCUCCCCCUCCCGCGAAGAAACCGGCUGUGUCUCUGGUGUACUGAGAAAAAACGUGCUGAUCCUGGAACGUUGCUUGUGUCGUAUGUUGCUGGAAACUAACACACCAUAGAGACGUUUGAGGAGGUAUCGUGAAUAGACGAAAUAAUUUUUUGUCGUUGUAUGUCAAUACGAAAACUGUGACGGCUAUGAAUUCUAUCUUGCUGUCAUUGUGCACACGAAAGUGAUGGGAAGGUUUCCUGAACAAUGCUAUUAUUGCAUGUGCACCCACUGCAACACUGCAAUGUUUUGGGUGAAGAUAAGAAUCGUGUAAACAUGACUCACAUUCAUCUAGAAGCGGAAAGAAACCAGCGUGUAUUCAUUGUAUCUUAUGAAAAUAUCAGGUAUUUGUGUGUAGCUGCUGUCUGGAGAACAUAUUAAGAACAAUUAAGAAUACAAGAAGCAGAGGUGAAUGGGCCUGACUGUGCAUCUGACAUUCGAGUAUGGUCUGAGAGUCUUGCCGAAUCGACGACGUCUCAAAUUUAUUUGCAAAAUUGCCAGGCUGUGAAGGGGUCGUCACUCCUACCAAGGAGCUUCUAUAGAUACCCUUUAUAUAAACUAUGAAAUGACUUUAAUAACAUGCGCUUGAAGGUGAUUUUGUCAUACAGUAGAGUGUCAUGUAGUACCUGUCUGUGCUUGCGCAUGUAAGAUUACUCCUAAAGUGCCACAAUAUGAAGUGCCAAUAAACUUGCUUUUUGUUAUGAGCGAGGAUAAAUUCGUGGUGUCAACAGUCCCCCGUUGAAUUCAGAACCACGCCUCUCAAACUGUCUAGCGUUGAGCAAAAAUCUGUGUAAGGUUCGGUGUUUAAAUGUCUAAAGCUAAUUUAGUCUAAAUCCUUAGUGUAUUAAAACUGCCCUCUGUUAACAGAGGAGAUAUACUAUCUAUUGGUGUGCUAAUCAUGACAUCCUAAGACAAGGAAAAAUCCUCACUGUGAUCGUACGAUGCCGCAUAACAACGGAGCGACAGUAACACUGUUCAGCCUAUUUCAAGGAGGGACUUGGGCGUCCAAGUGUCUUCGAAGUUGACUUGUCAUGUACCGCAAGUACGUCCUCGACCGACUGGACACCCAGCAGCAGCAGCAGCAGCAGCAUCUGCCCUCGCCUCCGGUUGCCAACGCCUUUCCCGACAACCAUUUGAUCGUGGGUGAGGCUCAGUCCAAGGCUGCCAGAGCUGGGGCACUCCACAGGAGGGACUCAGGGGCUCGUGUGGCUGAGUCGGGCACCUGCAGGAGUGACAGAAGUGACUCCGGCAUCGAAAGUGAAUUUGGAGGCUCUAAAACGUUCAGUGGUCAGAAAAACGAUAUCAGAGCCUCCUACAGCAAGGGCUCUGCUGGCCAGGACAAAGUUGAUUAUAAAGUUGAGCUGAAGAGUCACCGUGAGUGGGCACCUUACAAAAAACCCGACAGAGUCAGAAGUGAGCCGGACAUUAUAACGAAUCAGUCUGUGAAAGAGAAAGGGCAGUCAGAAAGCCAAUGCAGUUCAGGAACACCGAGCAAGAGCAAUGACGCUGCAGAUAUCAUCACUGACCCUCAGAGCGAAUCAAGGAUUUCGCGCUUCAGCAGUUUCUCCGAGGGAUACGUCGAAUCACAGGCACAAAAACGGCCCCCUCGCCACAUCCGCUACAAUUAUUCCGAGGUUGACUUGUUCGAUGACUUUGUAUCCAGAGACAGCACCCCCGAAUUCCGGCGGCCCCCGAAAGAGAUUACGGUGAGAGAUAUUGAGCGAGGGAUCUCGCAGAGAGUGGCCCUAUCUUCCAAACUCGAAAACAAAGACCGUCAAUCGCCGUCUCCCGUGCGACUUUUGGAUGCUCAUGGAUGUCAUGAUGUCAAACAAGAACUGAUCGUGGCCAAGCCCAUAGCUGAGGCGGCGAAAGGGAAGCCCCAAAGCCCGAUGCUCUUCCAGAACCGGCGAAACGAUGGCUUCUCCAGAGCGUCCGUCGAGAGUGUUCGUCCGACGCAUUUCCCCUCGGGCCUUUCCUACGCCAGUGCCAAAGAUGCUGGUAAAGUUCUUCCCGUCAAGGAUGUCGGCAAAGGAAAAAGAAGUCAUUUGGACGCCCGGAAUGAGACGGCCGACCCCAAGAAACUCUCUCCUCGAUAUUCCAACCAUUUGCAAGGCGAGCAUCCCUGGCCACAGACUGCUUUCAAGGGGAAACUUUCCGAGAGGCAGCAGCAGCCGCCGCAGCAACCGCCGUUUGAGACGUCCUCUGGGAAACCUGGAACGCCGCCGGUUCCUUCCAGAUCUACUGGCUGUUAUUCGUCCCUCUGCUGCAACAAAACCUCCGUAGCCAAAAGGUGACAAAGAAAUCAGACAACAGAAUUAAAAAUAAACGAAUGGACGAUGAUGAAUAAUCGCAGUUUGACAAAAGAAAGAGAUGUAUUUUCAUUAGACUUCAUACACUUUCCAGAAGUACUUGUUGCGGGGUUCGUAGAUCUUAUUGUCAAACAAUGGAUAUUUAGACUCUGUCAAGGGAAGUACCUCAUGAACUAAACUUUUAUCUAGUAGCAUAUAGUAGGAUUUAUUGAAGGCAAGUCUCUUCCUGUAUAUUAGUUGAUUGACUGAUUUGUGGCUAUAAACUGGCGUCACAGCAUCUAGGUUAUUGACGCCGGUAUAUUAGUUUGUAAUGUAUUCCAUACUGUAUGAUUUUAUUUUCACUAAAAAUUUCCUGUUGAGAAAUAUCAUGAACAUAAACUGUUUACUUAUGCAGCAGCCCUUGUAGUAGAUAUUACUUAUAUCAUCUUUGGUAGGCGGACAUUGAUAAAAAAAAAUAGUAUAUUUAAUAUUGCUAGGAAUUUCCGGUCAGUUAGAAAGCAAACUCAAAUUUGCCAUUCUUAGCAAUACUGAAAUAUUUCAAAUUCAAUUUUUUCUGCAAAAAAAAAACAGAGAAAACAAUUGAAAACUUCCCCAUGAAUGGUGCUAAACCACUGUCAUGGAAUUAAAGAAUAGAACCCAUUUACAACAGCUACCCCCUGAGCACAUGAUUAUCCAGAAAGCAAUUCUCCUUCAAGGUAAUCCUUGGACUUCCCAGACUCAAUCGUGCCUAAACGCCCUCAUUUGUAGGCUGCGAGGCUCUCCUGCUGAUCGAUCGAUCGACAGUCGCUUCGCGCUUCUUCAUACGACACUUCCAAGCAGAGCAGGAAACCGGAUUAGACUCCUGUUCAUUCAGGCAGAAGUGACCUGACCCAGUGACAGUGGUCUCAGUCACGCAACAUCAAAAACUCAUUCCAGUUUCCUUUGUUCAUAUCAAAUGCUCUGAAUCUUUUUUGUAAAAGCAGUCAUUACCAUGAUUUGUCUCACUUUGAUUACUUUUUCCUGUGAAACAUUGUAUUUGAAGGUUUCUGAAAUUUGUUACAGAUACGAAGUCUAUCUCAUGUGAACUUGUAAGUCACUUGUAUCUGCUCUUCAGUCCUUAACCUGUUCAGUAUAGAUAGUAUAUUGUCAGCUAUAAUAUUAUGU